AUGAGAGGUCUUCUGGUUAAACUGUGGAGUCAAUGCGACACAGUAGCUCUACGGAGGCUUAACAGUGCGUUGACCACCACCGCCAAUGGCCGCACAUUCAGCAGAUGCUGGGCUAAUUCCCGUUUAUAUGCCACCAGUAUUAAAGACAACCCGACACCGGAACCCAGUCAACGUGAACGGCCACACUGUAAUGUGGGCACCAUAGGGCAUGUGGAUCAUGGCAAGACGACACUGACGGCGGCAAUUACCAAAAUCCUAUCAACAAAAGGUCUGGCAGACUACAUACCCUAUGAACAAAUCGAUCGUGCGCCUGAGGAAAAGGCCCGCGGCAUAACCAUAAAUGCCUGCCACAUUGGCUAUGCAACCGCGGAACGCACCUAUGCACACACAGACUGUCCGGGCCAUGCGGAUUACAUUAAGAACAUGAUUUCGGGUGCCUCCCAAAUGGAUGGAGCCAUAUUAGUGGUGGCCGCUACGGACGGACAAAUGCCCCAAACACGUGAGCACUUGCUGCUGGCCAAGCAGGUUGGCAUACAACGCAUUGUGGUGUUUAUUAACAAGGCGGAUCUAGUCGACCAGGAGGUGCUCGAGUUGGUUGAGAUUGAAAUGCGAGAAAUGUUGUCGGACUUUGGUUUCGAUGGCGUCAACAGUCCAGUGAUAUGCGGCUCUGCAUUAUUAGCGCUACGCGACGAUCAGUCUAAGUUUGGUGUCCCCGCCAUUGAGCAGCUGCUGCAGCACUGCGACACGUAUAUACCGACACCCGAGCGGGAUGUCAAGGCACCCUUUAUUCUGCCCAUUGAUAAUGCAUUUACGGUGCCCGGACGCGGCACGGUUGUGGUGGGCACCAUAAAACGCGGCACCAUAGCGCGCAAUGCCGAAGCCGAUCUGUUGGGCUUUAGCCAGAACCUAAAGACCACCGUCAGUGACAUUCAGAUCUUCCGCAAGAGUGUGCCGCAAGCACUGGCCGGCGAUAAUGUAGGCGCCCUGUUGCGUGGCAUUAAGAUUUCAUCUGUAGAGCGCGGCAUGCUGCUAUGUGCGUCCGGCUCUGAGGAUAUAUCCAAUCACUUUGAAGGCUCCAUGUAUUUGUUGUCUCGUGCCGAGGGUGGACGCUCCAAGCCCAUGCUAUCCAAGUAUAUACAACAGCUAUUCAGCAUGACAUGGAAUCUGCCAGCACGCAUUGAUAUCGUGCCCAGCGAAUCUAUGUUGAUGCCCGGCGAGCAUGGUCAGGUGCGCGUCACAUUGUUGCGCAAAAUGGUCAUGACGCCGGGUCAGGCCUUUACAAUACGGGAGAAUGGAGCAACGGUGGCAACGGGCAUGAUAACGACCCGUUUGCCAUCUCUCGAUUUGCCCAAGAAUAAGCUAUCCAAGGCGCCGGUAAUUUGCUAAUAGCUCUUGUAUUGUACAAAUUCUUCCUUUAAAUUUUAUCGUACACGAGUAUUUAAUAUAAAUUUGUCAUAUUUCAAACAAAUGCCAAGGCUUACUUUUUAUUGUUUAAUACAGCCCAGUUACGUUUGGGGGCUCGUUCUUCAAAACACGCUAAUACAUAUAACUUACAAAAAAUAUGAGAAUACAUAAAUCGAAUACAGAAUCUUUACAAA